AUGGAACAAAAAAAUAACUCUGAUCAAGUGUUAAAUACUGUAAGAUCGAUUGUUUACCAUUUAAAUGAUGUCAACUGGGUUAAGAUAACACAAAAAAUGAUUGUUUUGCCAAUAAAUAAUGUUAAACUACUCGAUGACAUAACAAAUAUAAUAUUUGAUCGAGCUUUAAAAAGACAAAAUUAUACACACAUAUACGCCCAGAUGUGUGCAUGUUUGAUAAAUGACUCCAAGUUUAAUAAUCUUAUUGCUACCGAUACAAAAAUAACAUUUCAAAAAGUGUAA